UCCGACCGAAAAGCUCUUUUAAUUUUCUCUUCCCUCUUCUCUCUCCUUCUUUCUCUCGAAACCAAAUCAAUAGCCGCUCCCCUCCCAACUCAACCCUGAAGUUUGAUUCACACAUAUCAGUUUUCAAGUUCAGUUCGCAUAUGGAAGGUUCUAUGUUUUGGAUUAGUGAGCAUCAUGAGAAAUUUCGUGCGAGAAACCUACUACAAAAGUCAAAUUGAAGGUAGACACCAAUUUGCACGCGCAAUUGCAGUGACUGGCUAGAACCCUCUUCAAAUUCCUCUUCUGGAAAUGAGCUUUGUUUGUUUCGUCUAAGGUUUCUCUCUCUCUCUCUCUCUCUCUCUCUCUCUUCUCUUUCUCUCUCUAGACUUGUAUGUAUAUUUGGGGAAUCCACAUUGCCAGAAAGAAAGAGAAGAGGUGAAAGAUUUCAUAUUUGCAUCACAAGAUCUUGGUUUUCGCUUUAAUGGCGGAAAUCCUCAGCUCAUUCAAUAAGAACGAACCGAGAAGAAAUGGCAGUCUUGGAUGAUUCUUGUGAACUAUGCAGCCCUUCAGAUGAGAUUGUUGAUGUAUCAGAUAAAGAAAGAUCUCCCAAAUGCUUGAAAUUGGAUUCACCUGAAGAAAAUGAGUUUCCUUCUCCAACUGGGCUUUCACAUUCACCCAUAAUCGAAGAACCCGAGAGUAGUGCAAGUGAUAAAACUGAGGCUGUAAACAAACAAAAGUUUGCCAUCUUAAAUACAAUGGCUUCUACUUAUGCGCUCAGAGUGGACCCAUUGGAACCACCCGACCCGCUCAUUACCAUGUAUUUCUCGAUCAGAUUGUUUUCUCUGCAUAUUAGUUACAUCCUAUGUGUAUCAAAGAAGCCCAAGUGCCAUUGAGAAAGUUAAAAGCGUUUCAGUAGCAGGUAAGGUAAGGAUUGAAAAUAAUUUUUUGAGGCUAAAGUGUCGGAAUUGAACGGGCUUUCUUCUGCCCUUUCUGCACUGGAUAUCGGGUCAGGGCCAGAUAGGUGGAGGUGCUAUUUAGAUGGCUCGGGCGAGUUUACUGUUUGCAACCAUCAUUACAAGCUACAGAGGUUUGGUGCAUACGGUAGUGGGUUAGGUUUCUGCUGGAACAAUUGAUCUCUUUUGAAAGUGAUUUUUUUAGCGUGGAGGGUUGCUUUAAAUGCGUUACCCACGUUGACAGCCUUACAGCAGAGAGAAAUUGGUUUGGGCUCGGUCCGAUAGCCUAAUAUAUUAAUUUCCAGUGUCUCAAAAUAUAUGUAACAAUUUCUUUUUCGGGUUGUCCCAAAAUAAAUGCACUGUAUGGUACAUUUUUUUUGUUGGUAAUGUUUGCCAAACAUGAAUGGUUAUCCA